AUGCAAUCCAUCCGAGAGCACAAAUUCGUCGUGCAGAUUGCUAUCCCAACGGUCGUGACGUCGACCAAGAUCACGCAACACCCGCCAAACUGUGUCAUAGGCUUGCCGAUGGAGGGCUCGCUCAAACCUGAUGUGGUCCUCGGUCUAUGCUAUGCGAGCGGCGAAAGUGCUGCCCAGGACUUCGCCACCGUCAUCAAAUUGUAUUCCGAGGCUGCCUAUCAGGGAAGACUAGCCGCGCAAGAAGCUAAUGGCUCGGGCCAAGAGAAGGGAGCAGAAGACUUUGAGCAGCUCAAUGACGGGAGACACAGCGACGGCAAGCUCUGGAUAAGAAUAUGCUUCAAUGACGGCCGUGGAACUUGA